AAACAUGACGGAGACAAAAUCAGAGGAGCACCCAACAGAUGAAUCGGCACCGGAGACCGCACUGCCACAUACAGCAAGUAUCGAUGGCAUAGAGACUAAUACAAACGAAUUAGACGACGAUGUUUCACUAGACAAGGAUGAUACGGCCAGUGUAUUUAGUACAACUACGACAACAACGCGUAGCAAGUCUCCGAAUGCACGGAAGCUGAGCAAACUGUGUCGGCGAAUAAAGCCGCCAAAGAUGGUGCAUCCGCUGUAUAAGUAUAGUUCUCAUGUCCGGGAGGAUCACAAUCAUCAAAUUUUUGGAGUUCAGUUCAAUCCGCAUCUGGACAGAAGCCAGGCUGUUUUUGCGACUGUUGGCAAGGAUCGUGUGUCCAUCUACGAGUGCAUCAAUAAUAGCGAAGGGGAUUCUGGUGAAGGCAUUCGACUAUUACAGGUCUAUGCGGAUCCGGAUACUGACGAAAGCUUCUACACAUGUGCUUGGUCAUUUGAUACAAUUACUGGCGAUCCAGUUUUGGCAGCGGCGGGCUACCGUGGAGUUAUACGCCUCUUUAAUCCACUGAAGCAUCAAUGUUCCAAGAAUUACAUAGGCCAUGGUCAUGCUAUUAAUGAGCUAAAGUUCCACCCUGUGCUGCCACAGUUGCUGCUCUCAGGCAGCAAGGACCACUCGCUGCGAUUGUGGAACAUUCAGACAGAUGUGUGUGUUGCCGUCUUUGGUGGAGUGGAGGGUCAUCGUGAUGAAGUGCUUUCCAUUGACUUCGAUUUGCGUGGUGACCGCAUUAUGUCUAGUGGCAUGGAUCACUCCCUAAAGCUUUGGCGUCUGGACAAGGCUGACAUUAAGGAAGCUAUCGAGCUGAGCUCUAGUUUUAAUGCCAGCAAAAAUACCGCACCUUUUCCCACAAUUAAGGAACAUUUUCCUGAUUUUUCCACUCGGGACAUACAUCGGAAUUAUGUGGACUGUGUGCAAUGGUUUGGAGACUUUGUUUUCUCGAAGUCAUGUGAAAAUUCGAUAGUCUGCUGGAAGCCAGGAAAAUUGUCAGCACAACUGCACGAAAUCAAGCCACAGGACUCAACGACAACGGUUCUACAUCACUUUGACUACAAAAUGUGUGAGAUUUGGUUUGUUCGUUUUGCAUUUAAUUGUUGGCAAAAGAUUCUUGCUCUCGGCAAUCAGCAGGGCACUACUUUUGUCUGGGAAUUAGAUUGCAAUGACCCCAAUUUGACGAAAUGCAGCCAACUGGUGCAUCCAAAAUGUGUGUCGACCAUACGGCAAACCUCAUUCUCAAGAGACGGCUCCAUUUUAAUUUGCGUUUGCGAUGACAGCACGAUUUGGCGCUGGGAUCGUACCAAUUAGCUGCAGUACUUUUAAAAUUAGUUUAAGCACAACGAUUUUGAUAAUACAUCUGUAUUUAUGCAUGUUCAUA